AUCACUAACGUUCGUUGACUGUUUUGCAGGAUGAUCGGUGCAAUGCCUGCGGUGGCAGUUCGCCACGAACGUAAACGACAGGAAAAAAGAUUAAAACGUCCUAGUCAGCUUUACCUAGGGGGCCAAUGGAUGCCACCGCCUCAAGGCUCACCGCCUACCCCCAGUCCUCAUGGCCACAACAACCACCUGGAACCUUUACCCGAGUUGUAUCUCUGUGGCAAGAUAUCGGGGCUACACGCGGUGGUGGCGUGUCUGUUGUUAGGCGCAGUGGUGCUAGUCGUUGGUCUAGUCCAACUUGCCCCGGGUGCGACGACCACCGACCAUAGACUCGCUUUACUCAUAGCGGGCAGCAUUCUGCUUCUCCUAGGUAUCAUACUAGCCGGUGUUAGAUGCUACGUGUUGCACUGUGUGCCAUUACCAAGCGAGUCGCCCGUAGCAACUCCACUUCCGCCUCCAGCUAACGAUCAAGCUGGACUUCCACGAGGUACGCUGGACCUGCUGGUGGGCCAUCAGAAUCAACCAGAAACUGACGCGUUGAUGCACACCGAUCACCAUCAUGAACACCAUUCCCAUCAUCAUCACCACGGCAACCAUAAGAAGAAGCGCAGCUCCCAAGGCUCUCACUCCGACGAAGCCUAAUGAUCGACGUCAGAGAAACCGGCUAAUUAAUUGGAUCCGGUUAGUCGAUGAUGAAAGUACAUCCGCUGAUAGAGAGAAACUCCUUAGGCGUUCCAGACUUAAAUUAGAAAGAGAAAGGAGAAAAGAAUGGCAAAGAUAAGGAGAGGGAGAAUGAGGAGAGAAAUUGGAAAACGUAUAAAUCGAAGCUUUUGAAAGGAAAGUAAAACGGAGAAUAACCGUUGAAGACAGUCUAUACAUCGUGUACAUUAUACUCGAUUCUUUUAUCUUUUGUAACUUUCUAUAUAUAUAUAAUUAUAUAUAUAUAUAAUUAUAUAAUAUAAAUAUAUAUAUAUAUAUUAUCGACAUAUAAUGCGUAACGUGUACUCAGCUUGAAUCGUCGCUGAAGAAAGUGCACUUUUCUAUCCUGUAUGCUGGGUGUUCGAGCUUUAUCCGAUCCACGAUAUCACUUCAUUGGCCGUUGAUAUUUUACGUAAACGAAAUACAAACUGUUUGAAAUGUUAUGCUAUGUUUCGUAGCGAACCAUUCUUUCGGUUACUUCUGAAUGCAAACUGCGAAACAUUGAAGAAUUCCACGUAGAGAUAAGGAAAUAGGACGGAGUAACUUUGUUAUCGCACUUUCUCUGGUCAAAGUCAGUCGACACAAAUCCUUGAGAUAUUGCGAACAAGUCUUUGUCUUUUUACGUGUACUUGAAGCCAGGAACAUUUUGCUUAAAAUUGCUAUUUUGUUCAUUCGAGCUCGAAAUCGAAGAAAGAAGAACACUAUGAAUAUCGAUGUAAGAUAUUACUUUAUGGUUUACGUACGUUUCAGGAGGUUCUAUUUGACUCUGUUGCGACAAUCAAGUUGUUUCUUAUCUUUUUUCAAUCUGUUUCUUAUUAGUUAGUUAUUACUUAUUAAAUUUAUGGAAGAUAAGAAUCGUUGUACGUUAAAACGUUCUCGUUUUAAUAUUGCGCUAAAACGCGUUCUAAAAUUCUACGAGUCUCUUUAUUUAUUGAAAUGAGAUUGACAUACAGAAAUUCGAAAAUCGUAGAGCAACUAAAAUUUUAUGGAGAUAUUUCUCUAAGUUGUUGUUAUUACAGAGUGGAAGAUGCUUAAUAUCGUCUAAAUGGAUUUAACGUGAACGUAAGUGGAUUUGGAACCUUCUUCAGGUUUCUGACAAGUAACCAACAGUUAUGGUUCUUCUACGACGGCAGGAAUAAAUUGAAAUACAGAGCGAACAGAAGAAAAGAAAUUGCCAAACCGAACACCCUGCAUUCAAUCAAAAACAGUUCGUUAUUACUAUGAAAGACUAAUUCCUUCUUCUCGAAAACCAAAGAAAGCUCUGUACAAAAAAAGAAAAAAAAUAAUAACAAACGUGUAUACAUAGAAUAGAUGCAUUAUAUAUAUAUUAAUAUAUAUUUCUCAUGCGACUAAAUCGGAACGUUCUACGCACGAGCAUAAUGAGACAGAGGAUAACAACUAUGAAUUAUUGAAGACGCGCAAAGAAGAAGGAGAAUCUCGAGAAAUAUUGGAAUAUCGUUAAAAGAGGAGGGACAUUUCGUUCAAAGAAGAAAGAGGAAACGGGUAAAAUUUGAAUGAAAGAAAUCUAAUGAAUUUAAGAAAUCAUCCGAGUAAUGCUCUUAAAUCUGAUAGGAAGUAUUAGGAAAAGUUGUUAAGUAUAAUUUUUACGUGCCAAUCUAAAAGUGACAACUUCUAUGUAGAUGAUUCAUUUGCAUUUGUAGCAGCACGAAAUGAUUGUAUCGUACCGUCUCGAGUAUUCUCUUUUUGUAACGCUAUGUUCCUCGGUAGCUUGGCAUAUGUGUUAAUUAUUAUACAUAACGCGCGCAUGUGUGUGUGUGCAAAUGAAAAUUCUAGGAUAAGUAUCGAUAUUAAAAGGUGUUUUAGAAAUCUAAAAGAAUUGGCCUAGCGUCGGUAGUUUUACGGAUAUUUAGAUAUUUUACUGGCAGACAUUUUUUGGAUUUUAAAGAUCAUCGCCUUGAAUUUUCAUUGAAUUUCAAUUGUUUAAGGUAUUUAUAUUAUUUGACAAACAUAUCUAGUCUGUUGGAUCUGUGUGUAAUGUACUAAAUGGCCCAUAAUAUCUUGCACGAGUUAUUAAUAUCAUACACUUGAAUAUUUUAAAGUCAAUAUUUUAAAGUCUUGAUAAAUUAUUAUUGCACCCUAGGGAAAGCUAAUAAUUUACGGCGAAAUAUCAGUCGUUAUCGAACAAAUGAAAUUCAUUCGUAUGAUACAAGUAAAAUUUGCCUGUUAAGAAGUCUAUUCCAGAAAAUGACUUAUUACUAUGUUAGAUAUUUGUUGUUUUAAACCAAGAAAAUUUUUGUAUGAUAUUUUACACAGUUGUGAUAUAUGGACCAUUCUGUAUAUGACAGAACUAGGGCACCUGUUUAUUAGGAAAUGCUAUUAUUCUACCACACCAUAAUUCAUCUGACACUUAUGGCGCAUUUUAUAGGGAAAGAAGUAAAGGAAGUGAAAUUUGAAAGGGAUUCUGGCCAAAAAGAAUUCUGUUUGAGCUUAUCUCGGUAAUCAUUCAACAUUUUCUACUUUCCGAUGUUGAAUAAUUUUGAUACCACGAAGUCGAAGGAACUUCAGAGAAGAAUUUAUUAUACAAAUUAAAUUAUUAAAAGUAAAAGCUAUACACACGAAGUACGUAAGAGCUUCGAAUAAAAAUUUGAAAACGUCUUUUCUUCUCAAAAUAUGAUACGCUUGAUUAUUUUAAGAAAUUAUUGAAAAAUGUACAAAACAUACAUUUCGAGAACCUUAGAUUUCUUCAUGUUUACUUAUUAAUUUACAAACUAACUGCUUGUAAAUAAACUUGAUUAUUUUCUAAUAACAAUUUUCUUCUAAAAAAUACAAAAAUAUUCGUUUCUAACAAAUGAAGUUCCUUCGAACGCGCACGGUCAUUCGUGGUAUCAUUCACGAUUUCAACUAUGAGAAUACAGUUUAAAGUUCACGAUAUGAUUCUACCUCUGUCUUGAAUUUCGUCUUUCGUGAGAAACUUCUGUCUCGACCAAUCGCGUAUGUGGUAGGUAGGCCUAUUAAAACAUACUGUGGUCGUUCCGUGAACAACAAAAAUUUAAAGAAUAAAGUGGUACUUAGAAUGUUCGUAGCACGUUGGUAUUUCAUAGAAACUGUUAGAUUGAUUUUUAUAUGUAUAUCGUUACCUUUAUCGAUAAAUUUCUGUCACGACCAAUUAGACGUUUACAAUAACUAUUCUACAUUCAGAGAAAUUCGAUCGUAUGAUUUCUAUAUUUCGAUACACGACAGAAGUAUAAUUACGUGAUAUAAGGUAACGUGUAUUGAUAAUUGAGCGAUUGAACAUUUGAUUUCCUCGGUGAACUUCACCUCAAAAGAACUUUUUUCGUUGUUUCGCACCUUAAACAGGUGUUCGGAUAAUGUGUCAGGAAUAGACUGCGGAUGUUUAUGCAUUUAU